UCUACCGAAAUUAAGCUAAAAAAAUUCUGUUUAUGGAUUGGAUUCGGUUUCUAUAUUAAUAAUUCGGUUCGGUUUGAAUUGGACUGAAUCCGUAUUCGAUUUGAAUUUGGAUUAAAAAAUCAAAGACCGAAUUUUUUCGAUUUGGAUUCAGUUUGGACCAUAAUCCAAACCGAAAAUCGAACUUUCACCCCUAAAUAAAACAAAAAAUAAUACACGUAGGCAUUUCGUGUUGAAAUUACAAGUUCAGUGGAUCCUUCUUGUUAUUAUGAGUAAAUAAAAUUAAAAAAAAAAAAUUAAAUUGAAAAGCAGAAAAAGCUAACCGCUUGAAAAUAAAAGAAAGAUCACAAGGGAAAGAUAGAUCAAAGACAGAACGAGACAUUUGAGUAAGAAGAAAUAUUCAAUCUCAAGAUGAAAGAGGAUUACGAGACUGAAGAGAGAAAACAAGCUGCUGCAGAUGUUUUGUUCAAUUACUCCAAAUUUGUGGCGGCCUGUAUUGGUAAUCGUGUUCGUCCCGGUGAUUUGAGAAUGCAUCUUAUGAAGGAGAUAUCUGGAAUACCAACAUCUCUGAAGCGGGAGUCAUUUCCAGUAACAGCUUCUCCUGAUGCAAUGGGGGAAUCAUCAAGUUCUGGUACAGCUAGACUCGAUAAAUCAGAUAGCUUUCGUGCGCUAUAAAUCAUGGGGCUGAAAGAUAUGGACCUAUACGUGCACUAGGAACUGGUCAUUGGUACAUGCUAUCUUUUGGUUUUGAUUUCUUAGAGAAGACGGGGAUAUGUUUACAUUUGAUAUGAUUGUAUCUCUGUCACAGGGCAGAAACAUUAUACUAGUAUUAUAGUUGUGAUCUAUGUGAAGUUUUUGUUGUUCUUGUACAUGUCUACUAUGAGGCUCGUGAAUGUUGUGUCCAAAUCUUGAAACUCUAGCUUUACAGAACUCGGGACAAAAUACGUAAUUAGUAAAUGUACUUUUUUUUACCACCAAAUCAAGUAUUUUGUGAAAUUUCAUCCCUCUGAA